AUGGCGAAGGAGGAGGAGAAGAGCAAGACGCAAGACAAGGGCAAGGGAAAGGUGGAUGAUGCCAAACAAGUCAACGGCGUCAACGGCACAGCAGAGAAGGAUGGGAAGGAUGGCAAAGAUGGGAAGGACAGCAAGAAAGAUGGCGACCUCGAGCCAGAGGAGUUGAACGAGGAGGAUCAGAAGCUCAAGGAUGAGCUAGACAUGCUGGUCGAACGACUAACAGAAGACGAUGCGUCGCUCUAUAAGUCGGCGUUGGAGGCGAUCAAGACCAGCAUCAAGACCAGCACUAGCUCCAUGACCGCCGUGCCCAAACCUCUCAAGUUCUUACGGCCGCACUACGCAAAGCUCUGCGAGACAUACGAGAAGUGGCCAGCGGGGGAGAACAAGGAUUCGCUGGCAGACACGCUGUCGGUGCUCGGGAUGACAUACUCUGAUGACGAGGACAGGCGAGAUACGCUCAAGUACCGGCUGCUUGCGCCAGGGACUGACAUCGGAUCUUGGGGUCACGAGUACAUGCGGCAUCUUGCGCUCGAGAUAGGCGAAGAGCGAGAGAAGCGACUGGAUGAGGAGAAGGAGACCGACGAUCUCACCCAACUCACCCUCUCGCUCGUACCCUUCUUCCUUUCGCACAACGCCGAAGCAGAUGCAGUCGACAUUCUUUCCGAGCUCGAAAUGAUCGAAUCGAUUAAGGACCAUCUUGAUGAGAACACAUACGGGCGAGUAUGUUUGUACAUGGGCUCGAUGGUUCCUCUCCUCACCUACCCCGACAACGAUCGCUUCCUCCGCACCGCGCACGACAUCUACCUGCAGUACAACCAGCUCACCCAAGCUAUGUCCCUCGCCAUCAGACUCAACGACAUGGAGCUGAUCAAGUCGGACUUCUCAUCCACCUCCGACAAGGCCAUCAAGCGCCAGUUAGCCUUCAUCCUCGGACGGCAACGGAUAUGCCUUGAGCUCGAAGGCGAAGAUGCGGAGGACCAAGAGCUGCAGGACUGCUUGAACAACACGAAGCUACCCGAGCACUUCAAAUCCCUUGCGAAAGAGCUCAAUGUGCUGGACCCGAAGGUGCCCGAAGACAUCUACAAAUCCCACCUCGAAUCGUCAAGAACCGCCGGCCUCACAAACACUGACUCCGCUCGUCACAAUCUCGCCUCUGCAUUUGUCAAUGCCUUCGUCAACGCUGGGUUUGGUCAAGACAAGCUGAUGAUGGUGGAGGGUGGUGUUAAGCAGAGCUGGACCUGGAAGGUGAAAGAUGACGGCAUGAUGUCCACGGCUGCUUCAGCAGGUAUGUUGUUGCUGUGGGACGUCGAAAUGGGUCUGGACAAAGUCGAUUCAUACACCUACGUGCCCGAGAACGAGGUCAAGGCCGGUGCUGCGCUGGCAAUGGGUAUCAUGAACAGCGGCGUGCGGCUGGACAGCGACCCUACCCUGGCUUUGCUUAGUGACUUUGAAGACAAGCCUGUACAAGUCAAGGUCGCAAGCAUCAUGGGUCUCGGGCUCGCAUACGCUGGAUCAAACAAGGAGGAGCUUCUCGAGACCCUUCUACCACUUGUCACGGACACAAGCCUCGAAAUGCAGAUCUCCGCAAUGGCCGCACUAUCUCUUGGUCUCAUCUUCGUCGGAUCGGCGCAGAGUGACGUUUCCGAAGCCAUCAUCCAGACUUUCCUCGACGAAGAUCGGGAAAAGCAGCUUAAGGACAAGUGGACGCGCUUCAUGACCCUCGGCCUGGCGUUGCUGUACUUCCACCAGCAAGAGGAAGUCGACGUCGUGCUGGAGACCUUGAAAGCAAUCGAGCAUCCCAUGUCCAAGCCCGCCUCUGUGCUGGCCGAGAUCUGCGCAUGGGCUGGCACGGGCACAGUGUUGAAGCUCCAGCAACUCCUCCAUAUCUGCAACGACCACAUUGAAGAAAAGGAAGACGAGAAAGAUGACAAGAAGGAAGAGGGUGAGAACGGCGCCACCGAGAAGCGCGACGUUGAAGGCGACCAGCUCGUUCAAGCCUACGCCGUCAUGGGUCUGUCUCUCGUCGCCAUGGGCGAGGAUGUCGGACAGGAAAUGGUCCUCCGCCAAUUCGGCCACCUGAUGCACUACGGCGAAGCCAACAUCCGCAAGGCAGUACCUCUGGCGAUGGGUCUCAUCAGCCCUUCGAACCCGCAGAUGAAAGUCUACGACACCCUCUCCCGCUACUCCCACGACAACGACAUCGACGUCGCUGUCAACGCCAUCUUCGCCAUGGGUAUGCUAGGCGCCGGCACCAAUAAUGCGCGUCUGGCCCAGCUUCUCCGCCAGCUCGCAUCGUACUACCACCGCGACCCCUCUGCGCUCUUCAUGGUGCGUAUUGCGCAGGGUCUGUUGCACAUGGGCAAGGGCACGCUCACGCUCAGCCCGUUCCACACCGACCGCGGCGUACUGUCGCGUGUGGCUGCUGCCGGUUUGCUUGUUGUCACCAUGUCACUCAUCGACAACCCGAAGGCUUUCGUGCUCGGAGACCACCACUACUUGCUCUACUACCUCGUCACAGCAAUGCACCCGCGCUUCCUGGUGACAUUGGAUGAGGACCUCAAGCCUGUGCAGGUCAAUGUCAGAGUUGGUCAAGCAGUCGACGUGGUUGGCCAAGCAGGUCGGCCGAAGACUAUCACCGGAUGGCAGACUCAGAGCACGCCGGUGUUGCUUGGUCAUGGAGAGCGUGCGGAGUUGGAGGACGAGGAAUGGAUCUGCUUGGCGAAUGUCAUGGAGGGUGUUUGUAUACUGCGGAAGAACCCCGACUGGGAAGCCCCGUAA